CAACCAUCCACCAAUUCCUUUUCUCUACACCCAUAGAACGUCUCCUAUUUACGGCAACACCACCGUAUCACUUCCGUCCCGUCUAUAUCGUCCAGUUCUGUGUGUGUCUCCAAGAUGAUGAAAGGUUUCAAAAACAGACUAACGCGAAACAAGAACCAGACUACAAGCAAGAAAUCCGACAAGAAGGUGGGAGACAAGGAGAAAGAAAAAGAUCCUAAGAACGACAAAAAGUCACUGUCACCUUCCGCGUCGUCGUCGAAUUCAAAGACGCUAACCACUUCUUCAUCGUCUUCGUCGUUGAAAUCCAACUCGCCAUCUCCUUCCCGAAACAACAGCGGAGGCUCGGUCAAGUCUGGAAGCUCCAACACUUCCAAUACGCCAUCGUCGCAACCCGUAGGAAACUCUUCUUCACCUCAACCGCUGCCUAUCAAACCGUCGAUGACUCUGAUGUCUCUGACUACUCAGUCUAUGACUCUGAUGAAUCUGGUUACGCUGGCCGAUUCUCCCAAAAUAGUCAUCAGCAAUUCUGACUAUGAUGCUCCCAUUGGUACUGGUACCAUAACAUCACCUCCCACCAUCAUAACUCCCAACGCGACAGUCCCCGUAACUCCCACUCCCACGUCGCCCAUUACUUCGCAUGCCCACAAUAUUGCAUCCAUAUCGUCGCCUACUUCCCCCUUUGAAGGUAAAGUUCAACACAGCCAACUGGCCCAGAUCCAUCCUUACCAAUUGAACCCAAACAUCCCUUCGCCAACCAAAGAGGCUAUUGAUAUAGAUCUAAUAGUCACGCCUAAGAGACAUUCGUCGUCCAGAUUCGAGCCCCUGACCUCAGACAAAUACCAGGAAAUCGUCAAACUUCCUAACUUUGACGAGGUCUUGCCUGAAGACCAGAUCCAGCUCUUCGUCCAGAAGAUCGACCAAUGCAACAUUAUGUUCGACUUUGGUGAUCCCACAUACGAUUUGCGAGGAAAGGAGAUCAAACGCAUCACAUUGCAAGAGUUGAUUUCUUUUAUUUCCAAUAACAGAUUCACCUAUACGGAUGAAAUGUACAAACAUGUAGUGUCCAUGUUCAAGAAGAACUUGUUCAGACCCAUACCUCCACCGGUUAACCCCAUUGGAGACCUUUAUGAUCCCGAUGAAGAUGAGCCUGUGAGCGAAUUGGCCUGGCCACAUAUGCAAGCAAUCUACGAAUUUUUCUUGCGUUUCAUCGAGCUGCCUGAUUUCCAGCACCAGAUCGCUAAGCAGUACAUUGACCAUGAGUUUAUCUUGCGAAUCUUGGAAUUGUUUGACAGCGAAGACCCCAGAGAAAGAGAUUGUUUGAAAACGACCUUGCAUCGUAUCUACGGGAAGUUCUUGAGCUUAAGAAGCUUUAUCAGGAAGUCCAUCAACAAUGUUUUCUUGCAGUUUGUCUACGAGACAGAGAGAUUUAAUGGAAUUGGUGAACUUUUGGAGAUCUUGGGAUCAAUUAUAAAUGGGUUUGCCUUACCAUUGAAGGAAGAACAUAAGAUAUUUUUAGUCAGGGUCUUGCUUCCGUUGCAUAAGGUCAAGAGUUUGUCCUUGUACCAUCCACAAUUGGCGUAUUGUAUAGUUCAAUUCUUAGAGAAGGACCCUACUUUGACUGAAGAUGUGAUCAUGGGUUUGUUGAGAUACUGGCCCAAGAUCAAUAGUCCUAAAGAAGUUAUGUUCUUAAAUGAGAUCGAAGACAUUUUUGAAGUCAUGGAACCUAACGAAUUCUUGAAGAUUCAGAUUCCAUUGUUUGCCCAAUUAUCAAAGUGUAUUUCUUCUCCCCAUUUCCAGGUUAGCGAAAAGGUAUUGUGCUACUGGUCUAAUGAAUACUUCUUAACGUUGAUUACUGAGAAUGCCGAAGUGGUUUUACCAAUCAUUUUUGCUUCGCUCUAUGAGUUAACCAAUGCGACCCAACCAGGUAUAGAAAAUGGAAUCAUGCAACAGAAGUUGUUGGAGCACCCAGAAGCGACAACCGACGCCAACGGUAACUUAAUCGACAACGGUUUAGUACUCCAGGACUUGAGCCAAGGAAUUAUCCCAAGUUCCAAUGACCCAAACCAUCCACAUUACAAUCUACUUCAAAUUCACGGCGCCGUAGAUCCACAGCAUCACAACCAUCAAGACGUGAAUGGAAACGUGAUAUCUGAAGAAGAAUACUACGAUUCAUUCUCGUCUAUGCAAGCAGGCAGUGGACACAACCCCUUGGGAGAAGACUACGGUGGAUAUGAAGAUGGUGGAAACAUGCUUCAGCACAACUCUGCUACGUCCAACUGGAACAGAAGCAUUCAUUCAUUAGCAUUUGGUGCAUUAAAAGUAUUCAUGGAUCACAACCCUAUCUUGUACGACCACUGUACAAUGUUAUACCACCAGUCGUUAGAAGAACAGAAACAGAGAGAAGUCGCCAGAAAAGAAGGGUGGAAGAGAAUAGAGGAAUACGUCAAGUCCGUCAAAGAAAAGCAAGGAUUGGACCAACUGUCCACAGCCCACAGUAACAGAAGCACAGGAAACGAAAUGAGCAUAUCUUGACCUUUCUCCUCUCUAGACACUUUUGACAAAUCUUUGUUGAUAAUUUACAGUUAUAUUUAUGUUUUGUUUCCACCUAUAGUUUGCAUUUUAGGUUUUCCAUUUGCGCUAAGUAAAUUACUUAUAUUGCCGAGAGUCAUUCCUUAUAUAGUUCUAAUGUAUGGCCGCAAAG